AUGGUUUCGAUCGAAAGUUUGCGCGACCAGUUCGACGAGUUGGGAGUCGAUCCCUCGCCGGAGGUCGUCAACAAAUGCAUCGAAAUCUGCACCCGGUACGACAUUGAAGACGCGGUGGAAUUCGUGGAAACAUGGAUGGCCUACAGCGUAUCGAAGUUGGGCGGAGCAGAACCAACGGUGGACAACCUGCGGGACAUGGAAUCGCACGAGUUUGCAAACAGGGGACGCAAAACGGCGGGACCUGCAACGAACCGGGUUAAGCAGAGGGAAGAUUUCGGUUCACCGAGAUCGCCCCCGGAAGACGGUUCUGAAGCUGGCUUGGUGAUCUACAGCAACGCGAACUUGGACUCGGUGGAAAGCGAUGUGCUUGGGUCGUACGGGUGCGUAACACCUAAGGCACAGAAACCGGUUUCCAGGCUGCACGGAUCAACUCCCGACCGGAGUAAGGUUCUGUUCUCCCCUGCCAGCUAUUCUCCAAUCACGUCCAAACGAUCACAGGACCAGGACGGGCCGAACAACUCCGGAAACGUGGUCUAUACCUUCGGCAACGGUCAGCUGCUCAAGCAAGUUAAUUGGUCAACGACGGAUGUUGACCGGCGCAAUCCGUUAUCUAUUAAAGUUCCGUCGACAUUUGUCGACGAUCACCUGGAAGAGGGUGCAGCGGAGGCUGGAUUGGGGGAUUUCAUGAACGACGAAUGCAAGUAUAUGUUCGACUCCAGUUACGAGCGAAUUCUCAUCCUCGGGGACCGGAUUUACGAAGGUGGAAAGCGGAUUUGUCGCCGGUUGGCAUCCCUUAGACAGGAAGAGCGGGCAGAUCUGCCUGAGAAACUUGAUAAGACUGAAUGCGAUGAGCUCACAGCUCAUAAGAAUGAACAAGACGAAAUCCUUGAAAAGGUCGGAAUUCGUCAUGUGGAUCAUCCAUGUACAGAACCGGUCAACAUAAUGGGCAGGAUCGUUGUGCAUCCGGAGAAGAAACAAGAUCGCGUGGCGAUCGUAGACUUCGACGAGCUGACAUUGCGCCAAAUGAAGUUGGACUUCAGCAAGAUGAAGACCUGGUCGGUAUUUCCGGGGGAAACUGUUGUCAUGGAAGGGGUCAAUCCACGGGGAAAUGUCUUUGAGGUUCAUAACAUUUACUACGAGAUAGAUCUAGAGCUCCCCAAAGCGCCGAUGAAGCUUGGAAAUGAGGUCAAUAUGGUGAUCGCGUCCGGUCCUUACACUGACAAGGAUGAUCUUCUGUAUGAGAAGCUAUCGGAUUUGCUCACAUACUGUAAGAACAAUUGUCCCGACGUAUUGAUCCUUACGGGUCCGUUCGGGGACAUAAGCAAUCCCUUGUUCGGCACGAUCGCCGAAACCUACGAAGAGUACUUCGAGAAAAUCAUCAUCAACAUCAUGAGUUCGGUAUCGCCCAACACCGAAGUGUUGAUCGUGUCCCACCACGACGACCUUAUGUCCAUGUUCGUUUUCCCCUCUUUCCCGUACACAAUCUCAACAAGCUUCCCCAACCUGCGCUUCCUGCCGGACCCCUGCAUCAUUUCAAUCAAUGGACUGGAAAUCGGCAUCACAACCGCGGACAUAAUCAAGGAUCUGUCCGAGGCGGAAGUGAGCGGUGAUCCCAAAGGCGACAAAAUCAAGCGUGCUUUCAACUACAUGUUCCACCACAAAACCUUCUACCCGUUGAAUCCUCCGCCAGAAAACCUUCCCCUCGACAUGGACCUUCUGAGCACAUUCGGCAAACUUUCGCGGGUACCCAACAUGAUGAUUUGCCCGGGUGAUUUGAAAUGCUACAUUCGGGACGUGCACCGGUGUGUGUGCAUCAAUCCGGGACGCCUGUCGGACCAGACCAGCGGAGAAGGCACCUUUGCGCGAGUGGUGAUCAAACAGCCGGAAUCUGAAGCGGCAUUGCCGUUCAAUUAUGUCGUUUGUCAGGUGGUUAAGUCGUAA